AUGAAGGUCGUCAUCGUCGGCGCCGGGCCUUCCGGUCUCGCCACUCUUAAGUAUCUCCUCUCCGUUCCUAAGUUCUUCGAUACUGAACCAAUCGAAGUCAUUUGCGUUGAAAAGACGGGAAACUAUGGAGGUGCUUUUACCAAUCUCACAUAUGAGGAUCUUGUCUCUUCCAAAUAUCUAACCGCCUUCUCGGACUUUCGUUUCCCUGCCGGGUGCCCCGACUUCCCAACCGCCCGUGAUGUCGUCGACUAUUUCCGCCGAUACGUUCAUCACCACAACCUCAAAGACUUUAUCCUAGUCAGCACCGAGGUGCUCUCUAUUCAACGCCAGGGAAACGGCCAUGCUGUCACGGUACGGACCGCGAACGGCCUCGUCGAGACUGUAGAGUGUGAUGCGGUGGCCAUCUGUUCAGGAUUGCACAACAUCCCCAACAUCCCCGAAGUCGAGGGCAUCGAGUUGGCGAAGAAGCAAUUUCACUCGUCCGCCUAUAGUGGCCGUGCAGACUUUUCUAGGGGGAACCAUGUCACCAUUCUCGGGGCCGGAGAAACUGCGUUUGAUCUAGCGUACCAGGCCGUCACCUCGGACGCGAAGUCCGUUACCCUGUGCCACUCGGAUGGCUUCUUCUGUGGACCAAAGCCCCUACUCUGGGGAUAUUAUAACCUGUGGAUCAAGUUCACCCAGACCUUCAUUUCAGGUACCCCACGAGGCCCGGACCAGUGGGUGGGCAGACCUCCCAAGGCUCGAGACCACGUAGAUGCCAUCUUUUUCAACAAGUCCCAGCGCGCCAUCCCUUACAUCGCCAAGGAGUGGCGAUCCGAGGCUCUCUGGAACCGCAUUCGGGCGUUCUUUGUCAGACUUCCCCAUAGGCCUACGGGAGACAAGUUCAUAGCCGUGGCUCCCUGGCCCAAGCGCAUUACCAACGAGGGCUUCUUCGAGUUUCGCGACAACGGAAGUCCCGAGUACGAACGCAUCAAGGACAAGAAGAUUCCCGCUGACGUUGUGGUCUUUGCUACGGGAUAUAAACGAGUGGUCAAGUUCCUUGAUGCUGCCUACCCCCAGCCGGGGGAUGUCGACGUCCGCGGUAUAUACCACCAUGAUGAUGUUACAGUUGCUUUCAUCGGUUUCAUGCGUCCUAGUCUAGGAGCAAUACCUCCCCUCGCAGAGCUUCAAGCCCAACUCUGGAUUCUACGCCUUCUCCAAAGCAGGAACCCUUCCCUCGUGCCUCUCUCUGCGGCCCCCGGCCCGUCGCCAUUUCCACGCUCCAUCCCCGCGUACGAGCUCGAUUACUCCCUGCACGCCCGCAACGGCCGCAACUUUGCCCAGCUCAAGGGUGGUGUCGACCAUGAAGCCUACGCCUACCAGCUUGCCCUCGAUAUGGAGGCUGCCCCAAAGUUGGGCUAUGUCCUCUCUUGGGGCCCCAGCUUCUUCCGCACGUGGGCCAUGGGACCUAACUUCAACACCAAGUUUCGACUGGUGGGCCCUUGGAAGGAUGAAAAGUAG